UCAUUUCUAAAUAAUGUGGGUGAGUAUAUGAGAGCUUUUGUACAAAGCAGUGCAGUCAACAGUUGACCGUAAAAAGGAUAACCAGCAAGACAUGAGAAGGCAGAAAGGAAUCUGACAAAGAAAACAUUGUAGCUAUUUAAAAGAGCACUGGGAAACGCUUUUGAGCAACGAGGAGACCAAAGCACCAAUAUCUCUGACAAAUCUUCUUCAAGUUCAAAGGAGUUAAUGGACCUGGUGUGGUACAUGAUUUUUGGCAUGUGUGCCAUGAAUGCUGUUGCUUCUUCGUGUCCAGAGAACUGCCUGUGUAAGCCGAACAAAAUCUUUUGUCAAGGCUUUUCAAUAAAGGAAUUUCCACAGUCCUUCCCCCCAAACACCAGUACCCUCUUAAUCACCAACACCAGCAUACAAUCAUUAAAACCAGCUGAUUUUGAGACUUUUGCUGAGACCCUCACUGUGUUUGCAGCCAAGGAUUCAAAAAUAGCCAAGGUGGAACCUCAUACAUUUAACCAAACCCACAAUCUCUUUGCCUUAGGUUUCAGUGGGACAAUGCUAACCUCUCUGCCAAAAGAUCUGUUUCAGAAUCUACAAGUAUUAUCAACUUUAACACUCAGUAACAACAAAAUAGAAGAUCUGCAACCAUCUCUUUUCACCCCUCUUGUAGUUCUGAAAAUAUUAGACCUAAGCAGAAACCGUCUAACCUCUCUGCCAGAAGAUGCUUUUCAGCGUUUAGAAAAGCUGGAACAGCUCAUGUUGCAGAGAAACUCAAUCAGAAAGCUUUCCAGCAGUACUUUUCAAGGACUCAAUAAUCUCAGAUCCCUGUUCCUCCAGCAAAAUCAUUUAACAGAUAUACCAGCAGGCAUCUUUGAUGACCUGGUAAACCUUGAGAUAUUGCAUCUUCAAGACAACAAAAUCACACAGCUACCAGCAAAUCUUUUCUCAAACUUGCAGAAGCUGAAGAAACUCUACCUCUCCAACAAUCGGUUAUCAUUGCUUCCCAGUGCAAUCUUUUUUAAUCUUCCUAACCUUACUCAUAUAUCACUGUACGAGAACCAACUCAGUAGUUUAAUGCCUGGAACUUUUGGUCCAAUGGCCCUCCAGGAGCUCUGGCUGUACGACAACAUGUUAACCCACCUUCAGGAGAAUGUGUUCAGCAACUUAACUGAGAUUCGACUUUUGGUGCUUAGUAGGAACCGGAUCCAGCACAUCUCUCCUGGUGCUUUCAACGGCUUGAUGAAGCUAGAGGAGAUCUCUCUUCAUACUAAUCGUUUAAUCAGUAUUGAGGCAGGGAUAUUCAAAGACCUUCCCAAGUUAGCUAACAUAUCUAUAGAGAAUAAUCAAAUACAGCACAUACCCAUAAAACUCUUGGAUGGUGUGUCCCGGUUAAAUCUCCUGGAGCUUCAAAACAAUUCUCUACCAAACUUGCAAAAAGAAUUUCUAAACUCUUUGUCUAAAGUUGAUAAUAUUAUACUUUCUCAAAAUCCCUGGAGGUGUGACCAUGACAUAAUACCUUUUCGGGAUUGGCUUGGACAGUAUCCAGAGAAAGUGAAAAACCUUACUUCUGUGACGUGUGAUACGCCUCCAUCCCUGAAUGGUAGAAAUAUAGGAGAGUUGAAGGAGGAUGACAUCAACCAUUCACUGCACACUUUUCCAACCAAAAGUACCUCUGCACCAGCAUUAGACUCCACAACAGUCUCAGAAGAGAUAGAGGACACAAGUGGAGGUGGUUCUGUGGGUCAAGGUCUGUCCAAAGACAAAAUCAUUAUCAUUGUAGCCAUUGUCUGCACUGCUGUCAUUGUCAGUCUCAUUGCCUGUGUGUUAUGGAGGAGGAACAAGCGAGGCAGUCAAGACCUGGACCGUCGAAGAAAGACCAACUCGGUUAUCUAACAUUACAUAAAAGUUUUUUUGAAACUAAGCUGUUCAUUGUGUUUCAAAUUCCUCUUUUAACCUUUUAACUGUCUUCAGUGGAUUUAUGGAGGAUAAAUGUUUUCUUUUAAUAGGCAAAGAAAAGUUAACAAAGAUUUGUUAUGGAUAUUUUCUUAUAUUUCUUUAAAAAAAAAAAAAAAACUACAAUGUUGUUGUCUACAAAGUACUAACUUUCAUUGCAGAUUAGAUAUGAUUUAAAGAUCAUAACCCUCACGAGUGGUCACACAUGAAGUACUGUAUUUCCUUUCUUGUCGCUGUCCAUGGUUACACACUUUCUGCAGUUCUGUAUGUUUUUUUUUCUCAUAGCAAAAAAAAAAUAUUUUUUUCAAAGUUGUAAAUAAAACAAAAAUUAUUGAAACAUU